AUGAAAUUCCUCACCACGGCGGCAGCCUUCGUGCUGCUGGGCGACGCCUCCGCAGGAGCCAUUCGCCGAGAGUCUGCCAACAGCAACUACAACUGUGUUCCUGGCAUGGCAUGCUGGCCUACCACUGCAGAAUGGGCGGCCUUCAACAAGACCGUCAACGGAGCUCUCAAAGCUACGGUCCCUUGGGCAAAGCCCUGCUUUCAAGGCAAUGCCGACAACACCUCUUUCAAUGCCGCUCAGUGCUCCUACAUUGCAUCACACUACGCCGACAACCCUGUCGUUGGGCCUCAAGACCUCCCAAGCGGUCCAUACCGUGAGCAGCAAUACGGGUCGUUCUCCCAGCUGAACUGGGAAGCAUGCGGCGCCUCAGACUGCGAGCUCCAGAGCGCCGCUCCUCAAGUCGUGCUACCCAUUGUCAGGCAGUGCGGCCUUGGUAGAAUGUCUGCUUACUACGUCAAUGCCACGACCGCAUCCCAGGUCCAAUCCACCAUUGCCUUCUGCCAGCAGCACAGGAUUUUCAUGACCAUCAAGGGUACCGGUGACGAUUACCUCGGACGCUCGUCUUCGGCCAACUCGCUUGCUCUGUGGACGUGGAACAUGAAGAACCUGUCAUACAUCGAGAGCUUUACAGCGAACAACUGCCCGGCUGCGAACACCCAGAACGUCGGUAUCAUGGGCGCGGGCAUUGCUGCCAAUGAGGCCGAAGACUUCUUCACCAGCAAGGGUAUGCAGAUCACCGCUGGCGCUGUGCAGUCAGUUGGUCUCGCUGGUGGCUACGGACAGGGUGGCGGUCACGGAGCUUUCGGGCCAAAGUAUGGCCUAAUGGUUGACAAUGCUGUUGAGUUCGAUGUCAUCACCGCCGACGGCGAAUAUCGGACUAUCAACCAGUGUAAUGACCCUGACCUCUUCUACGCCAUGCGAGGCGGGGGAGGAUCCACUUACGCCGUCUUGCUCAACUACAAGUUCAAGGUCUUCCCGGAGGUGCCCAUGUACUUCUACCAGUUCACCGCGGAGUUCGACCAAACCCAGAAGCCGCUCGCUUUGCCACUCAAUAACCCAGGCCUCUACACUGCUGUCCAUGCUCUUGCAUCAAACCAGAAGAGCUUCGUCGACCACAAUGUCUCCAGCUACAACUUCUACUACCCGGGUAGCUUCGAGACCUACCAGAUCUUGCCCUCGAUUGCGCCAGAUGGUAUGGAGCAGCUGAAGAACCUGACUGCCAGUUACCGCGCCACACUUGAGUCCAUCCCUGGCAUGGUAAUCACAUCGGACAAUUACACGGUCUUCCAGCACCAGACGGACUUCUCGAGCUACACCACUCCUGUUGCCGUCCGCAACACUCCGCAGGGCUUUGCGGAAGUUCUUGCAGGCCGCUUCAUCCCGGACACCAUGUUCCAGAGCAACGACAGCAUCAACACUUUGACGAAGGCUUUCCUUACUGGACUCCAAGCGACGCAGAACCCUCUCGACGUUGUCAAACCCAUCGCCGCCCAAAUUUACGUCACCGGCCCCUCUGGGCCCAACGCACCAAACAAGGACAACUCCGCUACCGGCGUCAAUACCGCCUGGCGCAACGAGUACUGGGAGGUCGUCUACGCUGGCGGCUGGGUACAAGCCACGCCGCAAGCGGCACAAGACGCCAUCACCGAGAUCGUGCAUACCGGCAUGGACAACCUGCGCGACAUCACCCCGGGAGGUGGCUGCUACUUCAACGAGGCUGAUUACCUUGAGGAAGACUGGCAGACUGCUUUCUUCGGUGAGAACUACCAGAAGCUGCUAUCGAUCAAGCAGAAGUACGACCCGACCACUUUCUUCAACUGCUGGAAGUGUGUUGGCUGGACUGGACCAGCCGACCCGGUCUACUCUUGCUAUAACCAGAGCACGAACCCGCUGGUGGCCACUUUGCCGAUCUAA